GCUAGUACCAUGAGUCCACAGCAUGACAGUGCCUUGACGGAUCUAUCCUGUUUCGCAUGAUGCUUGAGGAGCUAUACUGCAUGUUCCACAGGGAUUUUUUAAAUAAUAAUGUGACCAAUGUAUCAGUAGCGGGUAUGUGUUGGGUCAUUCCUUGCUCUGACUGGAGUCCUGGCUUCUGGGAAAUGCUUCCUUGAGUGUCAGAUUGGCAGUGUUUUGGAUACUCAGCACUCCUCUGUUGGCUCCAUUGCCACUUGGCAAGCUCAGUGAAGGCAGCUAAACCGUCAGAGCCAACAAAGAUGCCUACCAACCGAUUGUAGGACAGCAAGACCUUGGUGUACAGUAUGAACUUUGUUCUGUAAAGCACCUUGAGACAUACAUGAUUGUGAUUGGUGAUGUUUAAAUGAAUAAAAUCGAAUCUAAUUGGAAAUUAAGCGGGGAGGAGAUCCCCACCCCUAUUUCAAAGACUUAUGAAAACAUGCAAGUACUCAUUUUAUUAUCAGUAUCAGGACUACAUGAGUAUCAACCUCAUAACUUUGGUCUUUUGAGAACCUUGCUCUACCAGUUUAGCCUCAAGACCAAAAAUAAAAAUAUGUUACCCUUGCAAACAUAGCACAGCACAGCUUGUUGUUUAUUUGUUUUGUUUUUUUUCAGCUGCGUGCUUGAUCCUCCUUUACCUCAGACUCCUGAUAAUACAGAUGCUGUGGUUAAGUUGCUGGAAGACAGGAAACUGACUUCUGUUCCGCAGGAGGGUCAGCGGCUGGCUAAUCACAUCAUUCCCAGUCAACGCCCUCGAUCCUCUGCCAUUGCCAUGGUAACCUCGAUGCUCCAAAAGUGAGAGAUCAAGGUGUUUCCAGAGUUGAGUGACCAUCAGCUCACAACUUUCCAGAAGGGAGCUCUCAUUACGCUAAUAGUCAAGCAUCAAAACACAAAAAAAAAUAUUGGAACAUCUUGACAUCAUGCUACCGUUUGUUUAUAAAUGACACACACCUGGGUUUACCCUUGAUGCCCUUAUUCGCCUGUGGGUAAUCCCCUACAGAUAAGUCAACCCUCUGUGUCUAUUUAGAGCUCAUUGGGAAGCGAGGCAUGCAAGACUCAUUUUCAUGGGACGCAUUUGCUUCUCGUGUGCGUUUUGUGACCGUCUUCAUCUUUCGCUCUGUGGGGGGGGGUAAGGGGACCAAUACUUUGGAUUAGCCCUUGACAGAUUGCAAUUCAUCCACCGCAGAGACAAAAAAGGGUGAAGAGGAGCUUUUCCGGAGCCAUCUGGCUAAGGGGCCGGCAUGAGGAGCUUUGGUGCAGUACGGCUCAAGGGAGUUUACUGCACAAUCUGCCAAAGUGGUUGCCUGACUUUCUGCCUGAAAUGUGGAACUUGUUCCCAGUUGAGAUUCUUGUGAAAGUGAUGUGAUGAUGAGAGCUCUUAGGACUCAAGACUGGGUCUAAAGUUUGCCUUGGAAGAAUAAUCUUUCACUUGUUUACAUGGAAAUACUGUGGAGGACACAGGACAUGGAUUUUGGCAUAUAGAGAUUUGCUGAGGGAAAUGAUUGUUUUCUAUACUGUACUCUUUAACCAUGUCGCUGAGAGCACAGUUCACGUUAUUCUUGGAGUGUUGCACCAGGAAAAGAAAGGGUUCAUGGAUGCUCCUUUGCCCAACAAGUUUAUAUCAAUGAGCUCGUGACCAGCCCUGCUCUUUGAGCUCAGGUGAGGUUUCACCAUGACAUCCGGCGAUGAAGUCCGCAGCUCCGCAGAUGUGAUGCUGCAACCCCCUCCCCCCCAGCAGCCCACCAUAAAGACGCCAAGCCACAAGCGCAAGCAGCUGAAAUGGCAAAACGCUGUGAGCAAAAUUAUCGACCAGCACGAUCUGGCUCAGACGGGCGACCUGCCAGCCACGCGCAAGAUUGUCGUCAGCGACGCCUGCAUCGAAGACAUCAACCGGCAGAUCCGCAACAAGCUGGCACGCGGUGGGGGCGUCUACAAGCGCCGUUCCUCGGCCGCCCGCGUCAACCCGGCGCGGGACCGCAGCUCCACGGGCACGCAGAAGAGCAUGGACGGCAUCAGCGACGCCGACUUCUUCGUCAGCUGGGGCUCGAUGGUGCGCGGCGUCUACCUGCCCGUGCUCCACCACACCUUCAAGUCACAGGACCUGGAGAAGCUCUAUCAGCAGUACUCCUCGGACCAGCGCCGCACCUCACUGGUGGUCACCAACAUCAUCGACAUAGUCACCAAGCUCAACAUCAUCGUCAUCUACCUGGCCGUGGCUCCCGAGAUGGUGGACUCGCUCCAAGGCUGGCUGGCAGGUCUCUUCAUGGGCCUGGGCGCCUUGCUCUGCAUCCUGGUGCUCAUCUGCAAGGGCAACAUGUCACCGGCGUACCUGCGCUACGCAGGAAUGGCUAGCUGGUUGUCUCAGACUGUACAGGUGCUGGGAGGCUUGGUGUAUGGGCUGGAGAAGGACCAGUCGUGGUAUGUGCUAUUCAUUCUGUUUGCCACCUACACCCUCCUCCCUUUGCCCCUGCUCUGGUCCAUAUGCACUGGAUGCCUCACCUCCACCCUACACCUCCUGGUGGAGACCAUACAGAACUAUAAUGACGAUGCCAUAGUAAGGAAGGUGCUGUCGAAGGGGCUGCUGUACAUGGGCAUGAACACAGCAGGCCUAUUCAUACACUACCUCUCAGACCGGGCCCAACGGCAAGCCUUCCUGGAGACCCGGCGCUGCAUCGAGGGCCGGGUGAAGCUGGAGAGGGAGAACCACAGACAGGAGAGUUUAGUCAUGUCCAUCCUGCCUCGCUUUAUUGCCUUGGAGAUGAUCGCUGACAUGAGCACUUUGGACGAUGACCUGCUGUCUCAGCAGUUCCACAAGAUCUACAUCCACCACUACACAGACGUCAGUAUCCUGUUUGCUGAUAUACAGGGCUUCACCACACUGUCAAUGACCAUGUCUGCCCAGGACUUGGUGCGGACACUCAAUGAGCUGUUCGGCCGCUUCGAUCAUCAUGCAGAGGAGCAUCACUGCAUGAGAAUAAAGAUCCUGGGGGACUGCUACUACUGUGUGUCUGGGGUCCCUGAGCCCCAGCGUGCCCACGCCCGCUGCUGCGUGGAGAUGGGCCUGGCUAUGAUCAAUACCAUAAGGUAUGUACGCAGGGAGCUAAAGCACAACGUGGACAUGCGCAUCGGCAUCCACUCAGGCUCCGUGCUCUGUGGCGUCCUGGGCCUGCAGAAGUGGCAGUUUGACGUGUGGUCCUGGGACGUGGACGUGGCUAACAUGCUGGAGGCAGGGGGGGUACCUGGGAGAGUUCACAUCUCACGGUCAACCCUGGACUGUCUGGGCGGGGUGUACGAGACAGAGAAAGGGCAUGGCUACCAAAGAAAUGAGUUCCUUCGCAAGCACAAGAUUGACACCUUCCUCAUCCGCCACACCCCGAAGGAAGACGUAGAGCCGCCCAAAGUCCGCCGCGCAAGCCGAGACGACACUUCCUGGAGUGCCGAGUUGCCCUUUGACAACAUAAUCGGCAUAAAUUGCCUCUUGGCCACAUUCACCAACGGCUCGUUGGUGCAGCUGCCGAGUCAGAUCUCAGUGGGAUACUCUCACUCUCGUGAGAUCAACAAGCGCAUCAAGCAAGCCAUCGAGGUGCGCAGCAGCGAGCUCAUGAGGAAGGAGCACAUCACGCCGUUCACCCUCGUCUUCAAAGAUGGACACAUUGAGGGCAAGUUUUCCCAAAUGAGGGACGAGAUGUUCAAGUCCAAUCUGGUGUGCUCCUUCAUCCUGCUCCUCUUCAUCAUGGCCGUGCAGCUGCUCAUCCCAGCGCCUCAAAUCCGUCCAAUGAUAGUGCAGUUCUCCCUGUUCCUGCUGGCGUACGCUCUGCUGCUGGUGGUGACGCUGGCCGAGGAGUUCAAGCAGUCCCCUCCCGCCCUGCAGAACCUGUGCUGCUGGAUCCAGGAGACCAAGAGCGUCCGCAACCUCCUCACCCUCACCGCCAUCGCCAUCAACUUUGGAGUGGCCUCCUCGGAUAUCUUAUGGUGUAACCUCAUGGAGACAGAGGGUGAGGCGGACAACACAAACUCCCAGGAGGUGCCAGUUGAUGGCCUUUUAAACAUCUGCACAUAUCCUGAGUACUUCGUACUUAGCGGUGUCCUCGCCAUGGUAACGUGUGCCGUCUUUCUGAGGCUAAGCUGCUUGCUGAAGCUAGUGGUGCUGCUGAUGGUCAUCGCUGUCUACACGUACCUCAUAGAAGUGACACUGCACCUGCUCUUCAUCCGCCAUCACCACAACGGCCAACUCCAGAGAUCCCAGUACCUCAGAAGACAGGGUAUUUCCGUGUUACUGGUGACCAUGUUUGUGAUCGCUGUUCUCUAUAACAGCCGAAAGCUGGAGACGACCGCCCGCCUGGACUUCCUGUGGCGACUGCAGGCCCGAAAGGAAGUGGAGGACAUGAAGGAGCAGAGGGAGCACAACGAGUGUCUGCUGUACAACAUCCUGCCCUCUCAUGUGGCACAGCACUUCCUGGCCAGGGAUCGCCAUAAUGAGGACCUGUACUCCCAGUCCUAUGAGCGGGUUGGGGUGCUGUUUGCUUCCAUCCCAGGGUUCACUGACUAUUACGAACAGAAGGAGCUCAACAACCAAGACGUGGAGUGCCUGAGGCUCCUCAACGAAAUCAUAGCUGACUUUGAUGAGUUGCUUGAGGAGUCUUACUUUCAAGACAUUGAGAAAAUCAAGACUAUUGGCAGUUGUUACAUGGCUGCCUCUGGGUUGUCUCCCGACAGGCCGACCAGUACAGAUGAGUGGGCACACCUAAGCGAACUAGUGCUAUUCUCUCUGGCCAUGCAAGAGACGCUGAAAGAGAUCAACAAAAUCACCACCAACAACUUUCAGCUUCGCAUUGGUGUGUAUGCCAGCAGUACUGAGGCAUAUUUGAUUUGAUUUCUCAAAACCACUACCUUAUUAUAGACGCUUGGAAUACUGUGGCUGUUUAAAUGGAGGCUGAUUCUCUUGAUUUGUAUUUUCCUUCAUUAUGCCCCAGAACACGAACCUGGCACUGCCAGCUCACAUUCAGUAAAUACUUUUUUUUUGUGGUUUGGAAACAUUCAGUUUUGGGUUAGGGGUAUAGCUAGCUAAAGAUGCUCACAGUGCAAUGUGAGGCUAAAUAGAUACCGUAAAUCAAAAUGAACAAACUUGGCAAGAUGAGCAACACCAUCUUUCACCUAAUGAAAGGCCUUUCGUGACAUUCAGCUGUUUUGCAUGACUCAUUUCAUAUAAUAUUGACCCACCUGAAAUAUAAUCAUGGUAACAGGCCACUGCACUGGAAGCAGAGUAAUAGUCUUAUUUGGGACAUCAAUCCAGACAGAUUGAAUUAACAGAAGCUGUUUCACUGCUUGCCUGUGUGCUCCUACGACAUACCCUUGGGAGUCUGUCACUGGUUUGCUAUUCUGGUCCUCAUGCCCAACAGGCAAAGUGGAAACUAAUAGGUUUAACCAGGGGCAUCAAUCCAGGGUGAUUGGAUUUUGAAUCAGAAGGCAAAUGCCCCAGCACUAGCGCCAGCACCAGCUAAACUUGGUUUGCCCACAUCCCACACUGUCAGUUUUAUUUUAUAUUACUUCUGUUGUGUAUAUUAUGUUUAGUUUGUCAUGGAAUGUCUGUCAGUAGGCACCACCACUAGUGUUGGGUCAAGGUGUAAUGACCACACAUCUAGAUAUCUCUGAGUCCGGUCAAAUACAUUGUCUAUUCAGGACGAUGUAAAUCCAAGACAUCACAUCCAGUCCUGUGGUGACUAGGCUAGCGCAGUGUUGGCUAGGUAUGUUGGGUGUGACCUAGAAUCAGGCUCUAGGUCCCUGAGACCUCAAAUG